CACUGCAGAAGGGCCCUGGUUGAAUCUGGUGGCUGCAGCCAGGCUCGACCCCAGCCCUGAGGCCCACGCUGCCUGCAUUACGCGGGCUCGGGGGCUCCCACCCUGAGGCGGGCUCUGUGCUUGGCUGCUGUGCAGCCGGCGCUGCCCCUCCCCGCCCCCCAAUCCCUGGAGACUCCGUGGCUGCCGGAGCUGGAGGUGGAGCCGAGCCCUCGGCCGACGGCAGAGGCGGGAGCAGCGCAGCGGAGGGACCCCCGGCUGUCAGCAAGGCUGCCUGGGAUCUACAACUUUGAAAAGCAUCUUCAAUGUGAAAUGCUAGUGUGAGCUACUUUUGGGGCAAGCAGACCAAUUUCAAGAACUACUGGAACUAAACAGCUUCGUGUCUGAGAACCUAGACUGAGCCAUUGUGUAGGCUCCUAGCAUGGUACAACAGGAGACCUGGAAGUGGGCUUCCUUGGCCAGCUACGAGCAGUCCCUGAGGUGAUGAUUGGAAGUCUUAAGACUUUCAACUGGUGCUUGGUCGGGCAGCUAUCAUCUUUGUGAUGUAAUGAAGGCAUGGAAGUCAUCUGUGAGCCCAGGCCGUGCAGAGUGUGUCUGAGCUUGGAUCUUUGUUUACUUACAAGAGAAUGGAAGACUGAAGGGUACCUGCAUCACUAAUACACAAAGGCUGUGUCCCCGUGUAUUGUGCAUCUGUGGGAUGCCUCGUUACUGAAGAGCCUCCUCUCCCACAGCAGUGACUUAUUGCUUACAUAGCCUCAGGAAGGGGAUCUGCGAGUUUCAUGAGCCUCUCCUGUCUCCCUACUCAGUCUAGAAGCGGCGGCGCUGAGCGGUGCUAGCAGAAGGGGGCGGUACUUUCUGUCUGGACCCUGACUGGAAGCCCAGUGCGACUCCAGGGCCGUCACCAACAGAAGCAGAUGUGCGAGCAGAGCAGCUGUGCUGUGCGUCUUUCUUUCUGCCGAGACUCUUUUCCAUUACAAGGAGAGAAGCCAGGAUCGUUUUUAGCCACUGAAGGACUUAUGUAGCCCUCAUUCGUGCAGGAUCCCCUCGUCUUCGGCACAGCAGGAAGGCUAUGAUGGGAGCAAAUGAAAGAACUUGGAGGCGCCACUUAAUCGAUUGUUUCUGCCUAGAAGAUCUUCUUUUGGAAGCAGGAGAGCAGUCUUACGUAAUGGUUGACUUCCUAAGGCAGACCACCUUCUAGAAGGAAAUGGAUGAAAUUGGUCCAGGGGACUUCAGAGGCACUGUGGUCUAACCAGGAAAGCCCUUGUGCGGGGCCUUCCCGGCGCCCUGGGAUGCUGCUCACGCUGGACGCAUGGCCUGCAGCUGAGUGACGAUGGUCCGUCGUGGGCUGCUGGGGUGGAUUUCUCGGGUGGUGAUUCUGCUGGUUCUGCUCUGCUGUGCCAUCUCUGUCCUCUACAUGUUAGCCUGCACCCCAAAAGGCGACCAGGAGCAGCUAGGACUGCCACGGGCCAAUGGCCCCACGGGCAAAGAUGGCUACCAAGCUGUGCUGCAAGAGCGUGAGGAACAGCAUCGCAACUACGUGAACAGCCUUAAGCGACAGAUCGCACAGCUCAAGGAUGAACUGCAGGCACGCAGUGAGCAGCUCCGCAGCGGGCAGGACCAGGCCAGCGAUGCCACCGGCCUGCGCUCAGGCUGGGAUCCUGCACCCAAAGCUCAGGCUGACCUGCUGGCCUUCCUGCGCGGGCAGGUGGACAAGGCUGAGGUCCAUGCAGGUGUCAAGCUGGCCACCGAGUAUGCUGCCGUGCCUUUCGAUAGCUUCACCCUGCAGAAAGUGUACCAGCUGGAGACUGGCCUGACCCGCCACCCUGAGGAGAAGCCAGUGAGGAAGGACAAGCGCGAUGAGUUGGUGGAAGCGGUCGAAUCGGCCCUGGAGAGUCUGAACAGCCCCGUGGAGAGCAGCCCACACCAGCGUCCUUACACGGCUGCGGACUUCAUAGAAGGGAUAUACCGAACAGAGAGGGAUAAAGGCACUUUGUAUGAGCUCACCUUCAAAGGGGACCACAACCAUGAAUUUCAGCGCCUUGUCCUGUUUCGGCCCUUCGGCCCCAUCAUGAAAGUGAAGAAGGAGAAGCUCAACAUGGCCAACACGCUGAUCAAUGUUAUCGUGCCCCUGGCGAGGAGGGUGGACAAGUUCCGGCACUUCAUGCAGAACUUCAGGGAGAUGUGUAUCCAGCAGGAUGGGAGAGUUCAUCUCACCGUUGUUUACUUUGGGAAAGAAGAAAUGAAUGAAGUCAAAGGAAUACUUGAAAACACUUCCAAAGCUGCCAACUUCAGAAACUUCACCUUUAUCCAGCUGAAUGGAGAAUUUUCCCGGGGGAAGGGACUGGAUGUCGGAGCCCGCUUCUGGAAGGGAAGCAACGUCCUGCUGUUUUUCUGUGACGUGGACAUCUACUUCACCUCUGAGUUCCUCAACACGUGCAGGCUGAACACACAGCCAGGGAAGAAGGUCUUUUAUCCGGUUCUUUUCAGUCAGUAUAACCCUGGCGUAAUCUACGGCCAUCAUGAUGCAGUCCCGCCCCUAGAGCAGCAGCUGGUCAUCAAGAAGGAAACGGGGUUUUGGAGGGACUUCGGGUUUGGGAUGACUUGUCAGUACCGCUCAGACUUCAUCAACAUAGGUGGGUUUGACCUGGACAUCAAAGGCUGGGGUGGUGAAGAUGUACACCUGUACCGGAAGUAUCUCCACAGCAACCUCAUCGUGAUACGGACACCUGUACGGGGACUGUUCCACCUUUGGCAUGAAAAGCGCUGUAUGGAUGAACUGACCCCCGAGCAGUACAAGAUGUGCAUGCAGUCCAAGGCCAUGAAUGAGGCAUCCCACGGACAGCUGGGGAUGCUCGUCUUCCGGCAUGAAAUAGAGGCUCACCUUCGCAAACAGAAGCAGAAAGCGGGCAGCAAAAAGACAUGAUCUCCCAGGCACAGAUCAGUGGAGACAUUUAAGUUGUUUGCCUUUGGCGGUUGCUAAAAAACUGGAUGCAAAAAGAUACAGACUUCCACACAGGGCGACAAAGAAUCUGACUGACAACUUAGAGAGGAAAGGAGUGAGUCUCUGGUUUCUGUGGGCUCUGAGUAUGGCGACAGUGACUGUGUUCACAGCAGAAUGAUCUCUCUGUCCCUGCUCACUAAAAUAUUCACAACCUCAGACAAGGUUUGAAAAAGUUCACUAGAAGAGAUGCAAGCAGACUUGCUUCUCUUCUUAGGAAUGGUUAAUUCAGAGGGCUUUGGUGUCCAGGACUAACAACAUCUCAGAAGGAGCAGAGGACCCACAAGGCGUGGAGAUCAAGCAUGAGCACCCUCCAGGAACCUGGAAACAAAUUGUCAAUACUGUCAUCCCCCCAAUAUUAGCCAAAAAAACCCCUCUCUCUUCAGUUAUCAUUUAGUUAUCGUUCUAAAAAUGCACUUUUCCUUGUAUUAGUCUUAUUUAAUUACCUAUUUGUAAGACUUAGUAGGAGCACAUUGUAGUAUGUACACUUUUAUGAUUUUUAAGAUUUAUUUUUUAUUUUUUGUUGUUAUUCUUGGUUUGUUUAUUGGAGAGAGUCUUGACACAGACCCUGAGCUAACUUUGAAAUAAUGAUCCUCCUGCCUUAGCAGCCCGAGUGCUGAAAUUACGGUUAUGCACCAGCACAAUUGGCAAGAAGGUUCCUAUAGGGGUGUGUGACGAGAGGCACCUAUAGGGGUAUGUGACAAGAGGUACCUAUAGGGGUGUGUGACGAGAGGUACCUAUAGGGGUGUGUGACGAGAGGUACCUAUAGAGGUGUGUGAUGAGAGGUACCUAUCAGGGUGUGUGACGAGAGGUACCUAUAGAGGUAUGUGACGAGAGGUACCUAUAGGGGGUGUGUGAUGAGAGGUACCUAUAGGGGUGUGUGACGAGAGGUACCUAUAGAGUUGUGUGAUCAGAGGUACCUAUCAGGGUGUGUGACGAGAGGUACCUAUAGAGGUGUGUGACGAGAGACACCUGUAGGGGUGUGUGAAGAGAGGCACCUCUAGGGGUGUGUGAUGAGAGAUACCUAUAGCAGUGCGUGAUGAGAGGUACCUAUAGAGGUGUGUAACGAGAGGCACCUAUGGAGCUGUGUGACGAGAGGCACCUAUGGAGGUGUGUGACAAGAGGUACCUAUGGAGGUGUGUGACGAGAGACACCUAUGGAGGUAUGUGACGAGAGGCACCUAUGGAGGUAUGUGACGAGAGGCACCUAUGGAGGUGUGUGACGAGAGGCACCUAUGGAGGUGUGUAUUGAGAGGCACCUAUGGAGGUAUGUGACGAGAACCUCCAGUAGCAGACGUCUGAGAGCAAAUCCGAGACUUGCCAAACUCGAAGCUAAGGCUGCGAGUGGGCUGCAGAGAGAAAUGUAGAAGCUGUCCGAAGAGGAGCAAACACUGGAGAAAGGAAGACGCUUUCAUCUUCACAGAGAAGGGACACUACGGCCUUGGUCUCUGCUGGAGAACAUACUUUCUCCUCUGGAGAAAAGGGGACCACUUCCUUACCUGUUUGAAUAAACCAAAGUUAUGAACCAAACUAUCACUUUUCAAAGCAGGGUGCUCUUCCUGGUCUCUGGCUUCCAGAAGAAGACAUGCAGGAAAAAUAGACAUAUAUUUUGUGAAAGACCAGUCCAUCAUUCCAGCGAAUUGGAGGACUUUGCUACAUUUUCAAUCCUUCCUGACUAUGUGGAAGCAACUUAUUUUUAAAAUAAGCAAUGGUACUUGGUUACCAAGAUGCUUCUGAAGCUUGCAUUUUCUUACAUCUUCAAAAUCUUUUUAAAAAAAUAAAUAUGGUUAACAUUGAGUGGUUUCUACAUCCAUGUGCAAAUUAUUUAUUUAUUAGCCAGCACCAGAUGCAUGAGCUAAUUACCUCCUCUGUCUCCAUGCCUUCUGUUUGCUCACAGUGAAUUCAUUGUUUAAACGCUUCAAGAACACUCAAGCUGUGUGCUUAAAAAAAAGAAAAAACAUUGAAAGCAUUGUAUUGAUUUGUACUGGUGGUUUAUAAAAUUUAAUUAAAACAUGAGACAUGAAUGAAAGGUGGUAUUACACAGCUAAUAAAAUUUGUGGAUUUGA